GGCAGGUCCUCCUCUCUCUAUCUCACACACAUGCCCAGGCAGCAUCACACUCACUCAGACUCAGACUGCAAUUCUUGUAUACGGUGCACACAGCAACAGCUUUCCCCAUUCAGACUACCUGGACUGUACGAGGAGAUAGCUGAGGAAAUAGCAGAAGAGUUUUCCACUGGGCAGGCAGGGCGUUUCCAACACUGAGGAUAACCACGUCAUCCCCGGUGACAGGCUGAAGGCACGGCUAGCAGCUCUGCAGCAUCACAGCAGCACAGUGUGCAGUCGGUCGCUUAGCUACGUGAGGAACCAACAUGCGCUCCCGAAGCAGCAGCCUGGAGGAUGUCACCAAGGUCAAGUUGGCCAAAGAAGAACCCUCUGGGCGACCAGAACGCCGGAGUCGCCACCGGGAGCCGCCCGAUGACACCGGCACCAUCCAGCGAAACCACAAGACCACCAAGAUUUGUGGCAGCGGUACUGCAAAGGGGGUGCGCAGGGAGAAGACUAGAGACCUUUCGCGUGAUGAUCUGGUCUUCUUGCUGAGCUUGCUGGAGGGAGAGCUGCAGGCUAGAGAUGAGGUGAUCACUGUGUUGAAGGCAGAAAAAAUUGAUCUGGCCCUCCUGGAAGCCAAAUAUGGGUUUGUCACGCCACCUAAAGUGCUGCAGGCUCUGCAGCGGGAUGCCAUACAGGGCAAAACUGACGGCUUACAAGAAGACAUCUAUGAGCAGCCCAUGGUGGAGCUUGACAAGCUGGUGGAAAAGCAGAGGGAGACGUACCGCCGCAUGCUGGAGCAGCUGCUGAUGGUGGAGCAGGCCCACAAGCAGGCCCUGCAUAAAAUGGCGGACGAGAAGCGCAACCACGGCGACUUUAUGAAGAAGAGCGACGAGUUUACCAAUCUGCUGGAGCAAGAGCGAGAGAGAUUGAAGCUGUUAAUAGAUCAGGAAAAGGCCUACCAAGAACGCAAGGACCAAGAAAACAACAAAAAGGUCGCAAGCCUGAAAGAAGAGCUGACAAAAGUCAAGUCUUUUGCUUUGAUGGUAGUAGAUGAACAGCAACGUCUCAACGAGCAGCUGAAUCAACAGACAGCCAAGGUCCAACAGCUAAGCACUUGCAAUAGACAAGUUCAGGAGGAGCUGAGCUUGGCCAACACAAACCUGCAGGAAGAGACGCAGAAGGUUUGCCGCCUGGAGGUGGAGCUGCGUGAUUCCAUCAGUCGACACCAUCAAGAGCAGGAGACCAUUAUGGCCAAGCUGACAAGUGAGGAUGCACAGAAUCGGCAGUUACGUCAGAAGCUGUCCGCACUGAGCCGGCAGCUUGAUGAACUGGAGGAUACCAACAAGACACUGCGUCGAGCAGAGGAAGAGCUGCAGGAGCUAAGAGACAAAAUUAGCCGCGGUGAAUGUGGAAACUCCAGCUUCAUGUCAGAGCUGGAGGAGUUACGGAAAAGAGUGCUUGAAAUGGAGGGAAAGGAUGAAGAACUGAUUCGCAUGGAGGACCAUUGCAAAGACCUCAACAAGAAAUUGGAAAAAGAAGCCAGCCAGAGUGACAGUUUGAAAGCUGAAGUUGAUAAACUGAAUCACAGACUAAUAGAGUUGGAAAAACUCGAGGAUGCAUUCAGUGAGAGUAAACAGGAAUGCACCUCACUAAAAAGUAACCUUGAGAGGGAAAGGACUGUGUCAAAGGCUCUCUCUGGUGAACUGGAAUCAUUGAAAGCUCAAGUUAAAGACCUUGAGUGUGCUGAAAAGCAGCUAGAGAAGACAGAGUUGUCAUUGAAGGAGGAUCUUACCAAGCUAAAGACACUGACAGUCAUGUUGGUUGACGAGAGGAAGGCCAUGACAGAGAAGCUCAAGCAGAUGGAGAACAAGGUACAAAACAGCACAGGUAAACUUCAGGCAGAACAGGAUAAGGUUACAACAGUCACAGAAAAACUCAUUGAAGAGAGCAAGAAAGCUCUGAGGUCAAAGACUGAACUGGAGGAGAAGAUGUGCGAUGCCAAGAGGGAGCGGGAUGAACUGAAGGCUAAACUAAGGGAUGAGGAGGAGAAGAACAUCGAUUUGGAGUCAAAAAUCAAUAUGAUGAAAAAAAGGUUGCAAUCACUAGAAACUAUCGAAAGAGACUUUUUAAAGAGCAAAAUCAAAGAGGAGCAUGUAAAAACACCCAUAACCAACCGCUUCCAACAAGAGGACAACAAAGUCAAAGACUUGACCCAAGAGGUUGAGCGCCUUCGACGGAAACUCAAAGAUGUAAGGGUUGUAGAUGGUGGCUUAUCAAAAAAAGAGGAGCAGGAUUCCCUGGAAAAGAGAUUCACGAAUGAACAGGAAAAAGCCAAGGCUUUGAUGAAGGAGCUAGAAAUGUCCAGAAAGGAACUUUCCACAUAUCAGCUAGCAGAGAAGAAUGAGACUAACCAAGAACAUAUUAUGUUCAAACGCCUGAAAGAAGAAGAGGCGAGGUCCAGUCAUUUGGCACAGGAAGUUGCGGCCCUCAAAGAGAAGAUCCAUGAAUACAUGGGACAAGAGGAGUCCCUAUGCCGCAUGAGGACAGACCAAACGACUUUGCGAAGGAAGCUUACCCAACAGGAAGUAAGAAACAAAGAACUGGCUCGAGAGAUGGAGACGCUCACUAGGGAGCUUGAACGAUAUCGAAGAUUUAGCAAAAGUUUGCGCCCUGGCAUGAAUGGAAGGCGCUUUUCAGAUUUGCACCUUGCCACCAAAGAGGUCCAGACUGAGCCUGAUGACCUCUUGACUGAGGUGCCAUUAGAACAUUUCAUUCAUAAUGGGAAGCUGCGUGACAAGGGUAAAUCUGAGGACUACGAGAUAUACAACAAAUGUGGUCCCUCCCUCGUAAAUACAAUCAAUAACCUCAAUAACAACAUGAAAAGAGUCCCGUGUGCUACAUCCAAUGAGGGUCCUCCCCAGCUCAAGGGCAAAUUACAGCAACGACCAAGUAGUAACUAUGUACAGGCUGGAGAUGUGUUAUUGACACACAGUCCUGGCCAGCCUCUGCAGAUUAAAGUGACACCAGAACACGGACACAAUACAGCAACGCUUGAGAUCACCAACCCAGCCGCAGAGAACACACCGUCCUUUACCAGCACUGCCAUCAUACCCACAAGUGGAGGCCCACCUAAACAGAGAAUUACCAUCAUCCAGAACACAGCCAUUUCCCCCACUGCAAAAUGUGCAGGUUCACCAAUAUCAGACAGGCCUUGCUCGCCAGAAAUGGUGCUCUCUCCUCUCAACAUGACAGCAUAUUCCAGAGCUCUGACCCCGGACUCUUGCAGCUCUCUCACCCCCGACAGAGCUAUGUCUCCUAUCCAAAUUCUUUCCGUCACAACAGGUACCCCUGACCGGACUGCCUCAGCAGAGCCGGUUGAGGUCGCCGGAGGGCAUGCCAUCUUCCAUGUGAGCCCUGAGAGGCAGAAUGGCUGGAAGGUGCAGCGGUCCAACAGCUCCGGGCCAAACGUCAUCACCACAGAGGACAACAAAAUUCACAUUCACUUAGGAAGCCCCUUUAUUCAGAGUGUCGGUUCGCCAGCUCAGAAGGAGCAGAGAAUUGUUAACGGCAACAUUGCAACCCCCAAAAGCAAGGGUAAAGUCAUGAGUAGUAUCAUGAUUAAGCCCACCGCCGCUCAAACCCAACGGCAGUCACAGAUUACAAUACCUCAAGAAUCAUUCCGACGCCCAGGGCCGACACGGAUCCCCAAACCAAAGGGCUUCACGUCUAUUAAAGGGACAAUUGGCAAUGGGACAUUGCAGAUUAAGAGCCAGUUAUUGCACACUCCUCUCAGCAGUGGCAAAGACCAGGCUGGUCAUGCACAGAGAACCAACAACAACAAUCCAAACCUCGCUAACCGCAGACUUUAGUCUAAUGUGAUGGAUGAAUAAAAAAUGAAAGUUGACAUGUGUUGCAGGAGGUCAACUUGUAUUAUGUUUAACAAUCUGAGGACUGCAGAAGAAAAGUACAGUAUACUGUAACUGCUUUAGUUUAGUUAUCAUGUCAGCAUCACUGCAACACAGUUGGAGAGUCAUAGAAAAGCUACUUGCUAUAAAGCUGUAUGCUGAGGGCAUUUGUAUUUAUUAUGUUUUUUUAAUUUUAUUUUUAUUAUCACUGACAAUACAUUCAAAAAGAGAACAAACACGAUUUUUUUUUAAACUAAUGGCAAUAAAUGUACUGAAUGUGUAAAACAAUUGAUGGUAAAAUGUAGCUGCUGCACACUUUUAGACUGUAAACAUUUGCCCCCCCCAAUAAAAUCUUUUUAUACUGAAAUAUAGGCCUCAAAUUCAUCAUCAAGAAAAAAACCCAUGUUCUCAUUUCAUGUUACAGCACUAUUAUUAAAAUGAACAUAUCCAGUAAAUGUGAAUACUUCAAUGCGAGUUUACUGUUUCCCAGGCUGAAAGCACCCUGUCAAUUCCCACUCAGGUAGUUGUUUGUCUGCUUGUGGACACUAACUUUGAAGUUCUACUACUUCGUUACUUGUGAAGCGAUCGUCUUGAAACUUGGUAGCUAUGUAGCAUGGGGCCGGUAUUUAGCGAUCCUCUGAGCCCGAUUUUUUCCCCUGUAAAUAUCAGGGCUGAUCAAUUAAUUGCUGACUUAAUGUUGCCUGUACAUUAUGAGUUGAGGGCAUGCCUUCAGCCUGUAGUUUGCUGUAGACCACUUGUGUAUUCUUACUACUGUGUAUUUGGA